AUGCACCCGCCACCCAUAUCCAUCCAUCCGACCUCCACCAUCCUUCUCCACGUCUUUGACGAACCGUCCAUCGCACGUCACCUCCAUCCUCACGCAUCACCAACAAUGUCGGCCAAGGAUUACUACGGCGGUCAGGGCGGCGGCUACCCCCAGCAGGGCUACGGCCAGCCUCAGCAGGGUUACGGUCAACCCCAGCAGGGCUACUACCCGCCACCACCCCAGCAGGCCUACGGCGGCCAGCCUCAGCAGGGCUACUACCCGCAGCCCCAGCCCCAGCCCGUCUACGUCCAGCAGCCCCAGAAGAAGGGCGGCGGAGGCGGCCCCGGUGCCUGCUGCGCCUGCUGCGCCGGCGCUUGGACAGUGUCACAUCCGCAGCUGCCGCGUCUCGAAGCUCAGGCCUUGCGGAGGCCAACACUCGACACUACUUCCACCUCCACCAUCGCUGCCGUGCUCUUCAGCUCACCCACCUCUCCUCGAAACUUGCCAAGUACUGCACAACAGACUCGGUCGACACGCAGAGCAUCCAACUUCCCGCUUAGAAGGUCAACACCACAGCCUGCCGCUGCCGCCGCCAUCAUGAACUCGAUACUCUCGCGCUUCGACCAGCCUACAACCUCGGCCUUUGCCGGCGCCAACGACGCCUUUGGUGGGGAUGUUGCGGCACAGGAUCAGCUGAUGGGCGCCCCGGGCCAGUUUGAUCUUCCCAACAUGGACCCUGCCACCUUCCUCUCCCAAUACACCGACGUCGACUCGUCCAACCCCGCCGCCAAGAUCAAGCUCGCACACGGAACUACCACGCUCGCCUUCCGCUUCCAAGGUGGAAUCAUCGUCUGCGUCGACUCGCGCGCAACCGCCGGCUCUUACAUCGCAUCCGGCACCGUCAAGAAGGUCAUCGAGAUCAACCCAUACCUCCUCGGCACGAUGGCCGGCGGUGCUGCCGACUGCCAGUAUUGGGAGACCUACCUCGGCAUCCAGUGCCGUCUACACGAGCUCCGCAACAAGGAACGCAUCUCGGUCGCUGCUGCUAGCAAGUACCUCAGCAAUCUCGUCUACGGAUACAAGGGCAUGGGCCUCUCCAUGGGCACUAUGAUCUGCGGCUGGGACAAGACCGGCCCCGCGCUCUUCUACGUCGACUCGGACGGCACGCGUCUCAAAGGCGACGUCUUCAGCGUCGGCUCCGGCUCCACCUUUGCCUACGGUGUGCUCGACCAGGGCUACAAGUGGGAUCUCACCGAUGACGAAGCCCAGGAGCUUGGCCGUCGCUCCAUCUACGCUGCCGCUCACCGAGACGCAUACUCGGGCAACACCGUCAACCUAUACCACGUCCGCGAGAAUGGCUGGGAGUUCAUCGACAACUACGACGUUUCCAAACUGCACUACGACGGGCCCGGAGACAAUGUGCCCGGUGCACCUGGCGGAGGAUACGGCUGGGAGGUGCGAACCAAGGGUCUCAGCUCCAAGCUCGAAGCUCAGCCAGGACAGAGCCAGGGUGGCCAGGGCGGAAGGUUUGCCGACGAACAGCCUCUCGCCGCACAGGUUCGACCCGAGCAGGCAUGA